AUGGUCGCCGCGGACACAGCAGCUGAGGUCGCAGCAGAAGUCGCUGCGGCCGACCCUUCGAACAGACACCCUAAGAAAUCGAGUCAGACCUGCAUUCCGUGUAGAGUGCGAAAGGUACGAUGUGAUGGACGUCGCGACGUAUGCCAGAAUUGCGAGCGAUUGGGGUUCACGUGCUCAUUCCACGACGCCGCUUCACCCAACCAGGAUUCCGAGAAUUUAACGAAUUUCACUCUCCCGCGAAGACGUGUUAGAUUAGCCUGUGCCAACUGCCAUUCUAGGAAAGCCAGAUGUAGCGGUGAAACUCCAAAAUGCGCUAGAUGUCAGGCUCAAGGCAUCGAAUGUGUCUACAAGCCAACUAAGCGAUCCGGAGGAGCAAGCAGCACUGCCCAGCAAGCACAACAAGGCACUACCGAUUCCGAACUUGAAUCUGUCUCAUCUGAGCCGCCGGAGAAGCGAGUAAUGACUAGUAAAGACAACCAAGGCUCUCAUCAUGGACCCCAAGGACCGGACCACCAAAAUUAUGACUCGAAUGGCAUAUCGAUGUCUACGAGCGUCAAUCAUGAACCAUUUACCUUUCCCGAUGAGACUUUGAUACAGAAGACAUUUAACAAUUUCUUCCGUCAUGUUCAUCAUGUUCCCAUAUUCUCAUUUCUUCAUCGCGCCUCACUUAUGCAGCGCUAUCAUGCUGGCAUGAUGGACAAAGCGCUACUUCUUGCUUUAGUAGGAAUCACUUCAUUGCUUAUGGAUUUAGGUCCUGGCACACGAGACUAUGGCGCUAGAUGUAUCGACGAAUGUCAGACUAUGGUACUGCAGGAUCUAGAGAACCCGUCGACGAUUAAAAUACAAGCUCUUGUCCUUAUUAUGAAACACCGGAUGCUAUCGCGAAAAUUUACGACCGCCUUCAUGCUAGCAGCAACGGCUACACGUUUCGCGUAUGCCCUACGACUAAAUUAUGAGAACCCGAAUCUAUGCUUCCUAGCUAGAGAAUCACGGAGGAGAUUAAUGUGGGCGCUUCUUACCAUCGAUUCCGGCAUCAACGGCGGAUGUUCGGAUUUUACGCUUAUGCCAUCUGAAUCCAUGCACGUCCAACUUCCCUGUACCGAACGCAAUUUUGAAUUCGAUCUUCCGCAAGUUACCGAAUAUCUACGACCUGUUCCCACGCGACCUUUCCCCGAUGAUGUCGGAUCUCUGGCGCUUCAUGUAAGGCUUUUAUGGAUGAGGAGUAGAGUUCUGUACUGCACCAAGAAUGUUCUAGGAAUGCCCGAGGCCGAACUUGCGCAACUACCAGAGCUAGUCAAGGUUCUUUCAGAAGAAUUGACCGGCUUUAACGACCACCUGCCGGCUUCUUUUAAAUUUUCCGAAAGCAACCUUCAGCUACGCGCCUAUUCUCCACGACUGUGCGUCUACAUCAUGAUACACGUAUGGUGGCGACAGUGUUAUUGUGAUCUUUACCGUAUGUUUCUCGUGGGGCUCAAGGACGCCUUGCCCCAGUCGGGUUUAAAUCGAUUAGAUCCUCACUUCGUAUCCUAUUGCGCAAGCCAAUGCUACGAGCACGCUCUAGCCAUGGCUGAUAUUUUUAAACUAAUCUUAUCACUCGAUGGAGGCCUCCCGGUCACCGACCUCGAUUUACCUACAUGCGCUUACCAGUGCGCUCGAAUUAUCUACUUCGCCUUCCAGAAUAGCCAAGCCGAGGUUGGGUUAACCUCGAAUCAAGUACACGAAAUCGGAACGAGGUGUCUGACAAUAGCGAAGUCGAUGGAUCACGUUCCCGCUGGAACUGCUAUUGUUGCUGAUCUCGAGAAAUUAAUUGCUCGCGGCCUCUCCACGGAAUCCUCCCAUAAUCAUGCACCGAGCCCUAACGCCAACGCAUCUAAUCUUAUACCGCAAGCUGCCAUAUCACGUCGCAAUCAGAUCCAACAAAUGCCAGUCAUGGAUGAGAGCGGGUUUGCUAACAUUCCUAUAAUAUCUUCCUCUACUCACAUUUCUUCUCCGCAAGGUAGCUCAAUGUCUACGCCGAUUCCACAUUCGACUCAUCAACCACCAGCCCCGCAACAUAACCGCGGUUCACUACCUGGAACACCGAUCAGCGACUUUACCAUGGGAAAACCGAAUCUCGCGCCCGUAAUGCCUCCGGAUGGAAUAGAUAACAAUAACGCCUUUGAAGGGGCCAUGGACGGCUUCGACUUCAACUUGGAAUCUUUCGGAAGUACCGGACUUGAGUCAACAUCGUGGCUCUCAAACGAUUGGUUGAGCAACGAAUACUCGCAAACAACAGUCUGA